AUGGAUCUGUCCUUCAUGGCAGCGCAGAUCCCCAUGAUGACCGGUGUCUUCAUGGACUCAUCUCACCACGAUGACUACAGCACCGACCACUCCUUGUUCAACUCAUCUGCCAGUGUCCACGCCGCCUCCAUGGCAGCUCACAGCCAGCCUGAGGAACCCCAGCCCAUGUCCAGAGACGCCAUCUGGCUCUGGAUCGCCAUCACUGCCACCAUCGGGAACAUAGUGGUGGUAGGCGUCGUGUACGCCUUCACAUUCUGA